AGUGAACUACCUCUUAUGAAAUAAAGAAAUGGAUGGGAUGGAUGAAACAUCUAAAAGAAUCCUAGAGCCAUACCAGUAUUUACUUCAACUACCAGGUAAGCAAGUGAGAACCAAACUGUCUCAGGCCUUUAAUCACUGGCUGAAUGUUCCAGAAGAUAAAAUACAGGUUAUCAUUGAAGUGACAGAGAUGUUGCACAAUGCAAGCCUGCUUGUGGAUGAUAUUGAAGAUAACUCAAAGCUACGACGGGGCUUUCCAGUGGCACACACUAUCUAUGGAAUUCCAUCUGUAAUCAACUGUGCUAAUUAUGUGUAUUUCCUUGGCUUAGAAAAGGUUUUAACCCUUGAUCAUCCAGAUGCUGUUAAAGUUUUUACCCGUCAACUUCUGGAACUCCAUAAAGGUCAAGGCUUGGAUAUUUACUGGAGGGAUACUUACACCUGUCCUACGGAAGCUGAAUAUAAAGCUAUGGUACUGCAAAAGACAGGUGGUCUCUUUGGAUUAGCUGUAGGCCUCAUGCAGCUCUUCUCAAAUUAUAAAAAAGACUUAAAGCCACUUCUUAACACACUUGGCCUCUUCUUCCAAAUAAGAGAUGACUAUGCCAACUUGCACUCCAAAGAAUAUAGUGAAAACAAGAGUUUUUGUGAAGACUUAACUGAGGGCAAGUUCUCAUUUCCAACAAUUCAUGCAAUUUGGUCAAGACCUGAAAGUACUCAGGUGCAAAACAUUUUACGUCAAAGGACAGAGAACAUAGAUAUAAAAAAAUACUGUGUACAUUACCUUGAAAAUGUGGGUUCCUUUGAGUACACUCGGAAUACAUUGAAAGAGCUCGAAUCUGAAGCCUAUAAACAAAUUGAAUCACUUGGGGGAAACCCUGAGCUUGUAGCACUAGUUGAACAGCUGAGCAAAAUGUUCAAAGAAACUGAAAAUUAAAAAUUUAACUGCUCGGUGUGAAUUAAAACACUUUUUUAAAAUGGGAAAAUAACCAGACUAUCCAAGAGGUGUGAUAAUCAGUCUUGCUUAAAACUUUCUCUUGUAGCCAUGUUACAGAAAUUACUGUUUAAAAACAAUUUGUCACUAAGUAUUGAAAUAUACCCUACUGUCUAUACAGUCUUAACUGCAACUGCUUGCAGAUGGCUUUGUUAAAGCAGAUGUACAAGAACUGAAACAAGCUUUGAACCUAAAUGUGAUCAUCUUUAUGCAGUCAUCAGCAUUAUUUCAGGCCUAAAACUCUCAUAUUUAACCAGGCUACUGUAGGUUUCUAGCUGAAAUUAUGUGUUAAAUUAAAUCAGAUUGACCUGAGUGUAUUCUGUGUUUUCAAACAAUGUCCUAGUCAAC